CUUGGGAGUCGGAACCUAAAUACUUAGCUCUGUUCCUUACCGGAAGAAUUUAAUGGCGGUCCGUAUUUUCCCGUUGCCUUGGCAGACAGAAACCAACUGGGUGUAAUUGUGGUGCGUUGAGUCGAGUAAUGAUGGACGUUCAGGAGAAGGAUCUGAUCACUAAAGAGGAGAAUAUUGUUGAGAUGAGAGACUUGGAUGAUGAAGAAUUUUCUAUCUCAGUAUCAUCAAAGGCGGAUGCGUUGUUUGAUGCUGUAAUUGGGAACAUUGAGGCUAUCAUAAUGGAAGACGAUUUUUUGAAUCUUCAGCGAUCCUUCAUGGAGAAGUAUUACCUAGAGUUUGAUGACACAGAGGAGAACAAGCUUAUUUAUACACCAAUUUUUAAUGAAUAUAUUGAGCUCUUGGAGAAGUAUCUGGAACAACAGCUGAUAGAGAGGAUUCCUGCGUUUAACAUGAAUGACUUUACUCGUUCUCUUCAGCAACACAAAGAAGAUGUCUCAGGGGAUGUAUUUGACAUACUCCUCACCUUUACAGACUUCAUGGCCUUUAAAGAGAUGUUCCUUGAUUAUAGAGCCGAUCGAGAAGGAAGAGUGCUGGAUCCAAGUACUGACCUGGUGGUGAAAUCAUUGAGAUCACCAGCUUCCACAGCAAUCCCUUCUGCGACAGGAUCAGACAUUCUCUAAACCAAGAAACGCUAAAGUCUCUUCUAUUACAGAGAAAAAACCUGACUUCAUCAUGUCCGUAAGCCUGUUCAGCUUUGUAGUCUUUUUUUUUUGGCUGCCAUAUUAGUUUAACGAAUGGGAUCACGAGUUUGUUCUGGUUUAAUAUUUAAACUUGAUGUUAAAACGUCCUGCUUUCUAGUGCAGUUUUGUCGCACAGUAUUCUGACGGUUUACUCAAAGAUUUAGAUUUUUUCUCUCCACAAUCCUACUACAUAACAGGUAAAUUUGGUAACUGCUGUAAAAAGAGUAAAGCCGCCGUUGUUGGUGUGUGUUCUGCUGUCUGAUCGAAAAGCACCAUGUAACAUGCCUGUAUUAAAAAAGUUUAUUAUAAAGGUACAAUGAAACGUUUUAUAACUUUUAUAGAACAUGUACUUUUGCAGCUCUUCAAAAAAGUGGAUUUCUACUCAAAUUAAUAUCUAUUUCAAACUCCUGCAAGGUAUAAAUAUUUUUGUUUGUUACAGUAUGUUGUGUAUGUGUGUGUAUAAAGACUGAAUGUAUUUUAUGUUUUUGUAUGUAAAUAUCAUGGUAUUCUGAAUAAGCUUAUGACUGUAAUUUUACUUGCAUCAAAUAUGAAAAAAACAUGAAAACAUUUAUAGACUGGUAUUGUAAAACACAGAACUUCUGAACCUUAAAUAUUACAUACAUGUUUAAUCUGGUGUAAUAAAAACAAAGUCAUCCUGUAUAACUUUACAAUCAUACAAAAUAGGUUUGCAUGUAAACCAGAGGUUCUGGACAGGGAUGAGGUGAAGCCUCAUUUGAGUGUCGAGGCUUCCCAGCCAAUAGUUUCAUCACAAGGUUCAUUCCAUAAAGUUUCAUUCAAGGCUGAUUGUACUGCCAUCUAGUGGACAAAUCUUGUGUAGAAACUGGAUUGUAACAUUGCAAACCAGAACAUGGUGUGCAUGUUUGUGCACGUUACAUUUUUAUUUUAUAUAUUAUGGCAAGCCGUUUAGGAAAAUAUUCAUGAGAGAAUUAAAUGAAAAGUCUAUAUAUAUUUAAUGAAAAGUCUGUAUAUAUUGAAUGGAUUCUGAAUAUAUGGUAUGAAACUCGAUAUAUAUUGAAUGGAUUCUGAAUAUAUUGAAUGAAAAGUCUGAAUAUAUUGAAUGAAAAGU